AUGAAGGAACAAGUUGAAAGCAAGAAUUCUUGUGUACAACACGUGGAGACAGAAUGUGAACGAGCUCUUCGAAGUGCAUUAGCAGAUGAAUUUAAAUUGUUUCCAAGUUAUGGAAAGAAGUUUAGUUUGGAAAGAUGGCUCGAUGAGUAUGAUAACGAUGUUGAUUCUGUGAUACCAAAACUACGUUGGACUCUUCGUACUUUGAAUGCCAUUGGAGCUCAUCAAAUGGAUACAUCAAGCAUUGAAGCUGCGAAUCAAUGUCUUAGAAAUUACAAUCCCAUAAUACCAUUUUUCCCGGGAGGUUUAAUGAGUUAUGAUCGAAUGGGUAAUAUCGUUUACGUUCAACCUAUCGGGAGAUCACAUCCAACUUUAUUGACUCAAAAUGGCAGGGUUUCGAUGUAUUAUAAAUUCCUCAUACUCGAAGGUUUUGUAACGCAUCAGCUAAUUUGUAAUGAGGAAGAGCGAAGAAAUAAACGACUUGGACAAAUUGCGAUUUUCGAUAUGAAUGGCUUAAACCGUUACUUUGUAACUCCUUCGUACUUGAAGCUUACUACUAAUAUUUACAGGAUAUUACAGGUGAUGUUUCCUGGUGUGACACGCAAAGUAUACGUUAUCAAUACAAGUUCUCUCGUGUAUCAAACAUUUCGUUUCAUUCAGCUUUUUCUAACAAAGAAAAUUAGAGAUGUUGUCGAAUUUUUGGGAGAUAAUUGGCAAAGUCGAUUGGUACAAGAAAUUGGUGAGGAGAAUUUAUUACCAUUUUGGGGAGGAAAAAUGCCUGCACCACAACCGAGUGCUAACAUACGAAUGGUGUUAAUACGAAUAAUUUCCAGAAAACGUGCAAAAUCACUUGAAUGGGCUAAUGGUAGAGAAUUGGAACUGAUCAAAGUACCACCACGUCGAUGUACUACUGUUACCACUAAUAUUCAAGCUGAAGGACAAAUACUGAAAUGGUACUUUAUUUGUAGUGGUGGUGACAUAGAAUUCUACCUUCUGAGAGAUGAUGAAGAGAUCUAUCCACGAAUACCAUUAUCGACGCAGUUCUAUCCUGAAUUUGGAGAAAUUAAAUGUGAUAAAACAGGACGAUAUGAUCUUUGCUUCGACAACCAACAUAGUAUACUACGAACAAAAACCAUUUCUUAUCUAAUUGAAAUAAUAGAUGAAGCGAAUUACCAGCACACCUAA